ACACCUUGAUGAUUUGUCCCGCUAUCCACCUCGCAAUACAAAGAAAACGCAGAACCCAUUGAAAAAAGACUUGUAGAAACAGAGAGCGGAGUGAAAAAUGGAGGUGGGUAUGUCUCUGAACGCGCUGGUUCGGCUUCCCUUAUCGAAUUCGAGGACAAACGAAGAUGGGUUGGUCAAGCAUUCACUCUUCUCCUCUGGGAGAACGACCCAGAAGCCUCAGCUGAGGCAGAAGCACUCAUUGGUUGUUCAAGCGAAGGGAAAGAAAGGAAUGCAAGCUCGUCAAUUUCAGAGGUCUCAACCUCCUUCCUUGCCCAAGAUUGAAGACGAUGGCAACCCCAAAUUUGUCAUCUUCAUCCGUAUGGCAAAUGUUUAUCUUUGGUAUCCACUUAGCAUGAUAACAGGUGGCACCACUGCCAAAAUCAUGGUUGCGGCCAAGGAUAACUUCCUAGGGAAAUAUAUCUACAAAGAUACACUUGCUAAAAAUAUCGCGGCAGUUAUUUACCGUGAUGAGAAGGAGAUACAGAAGACAGCAUUUAGACUGCAUCGUGUAUUGCGAGCAGCUACUGACUUCAAAUAUGGCUACAAACUAGUGGAAAAUUGCAAUGUGAGAGCUGCUCUUUCUACCACAGAUGUUAUUGAGCUGCCGACAGAGGAUGAGCUCAAAACAGUGUUUGACAAAGUGAAAGACUUUUUUGGGGAUGCAAAGGAUUCUUUUGGUAAGCUGACAGCUCUGAAUUCAACCACAACGGAGGAGUUGGAGGAAAAGCCUAAGGAGAAGGCCAACACAUUACAAUGAUGAUAAUUUCAUCACCAGGCUUAAAGGCUGAAGUUGAAGAAACCGAUCAUUGGUUCUAUGAGAUCCACAAUCCUCUAAUGUUCAUAGACUACUACAAGGCGGUGUAACGUAAAUUUAAAGCACGGUUUUGUUUAUAUGAAUUUACAUCAAAUGGAAGUUUUUGUUUUUUGUUGGUAUUA